UACCCCCAUUGAAAUGCAAUUGUAUUUCUGUGAAUCAAAUUGAGAAACCUCUGAGGCUAAGAUGAGGCGCGGUUCAUGGGAGACGAAGUUGUUGCAAGAAUUGGUUCUGUAUGCGGCAAGUGCUGCUCUGAGCAGCCUCGUUUUGUUUGUGGGGCUCCGACAACUUGACCCGAACCGACAUGCGUCCAAGAAGGCUCUCGAGCACAAGAAGGAAAUUGCUAAGCGCCUUGGACGACCUCUAGUUCAAACUAACCCCUAUGAGGAUAUAAUAGCCUGUGAUGUGAUUAACCCUGAUCAUAUAGAUGUGGAAUUUGAUUCAAUUGGUGGAUUGGAAUCUAUUAAGCAAGCUCUAUAUGAAUUGGUAAUACUUCCCCUGAGGAGGCCUGAACUCUUUUCUGGGAAACUUCUGGGUCCUCAAAAAGGAGUGUUGCUCUAUGGACCGCCUGGCACUGGAAAGACCAUGCUUGCCAAAGCAAUUGCUAAAGAGUCAGGUGCUGUUUUUAUUAAUGUGAAAAUAUCGAAUCUGAUGAGCAAAUGGUUUGGUGAUGCCCAAAAGCUGGUUUCCGCUUUGUUUAGUUUGGCGUAUAAGCUUCAGCCAGCAAUCAUAUUCAUUGACGAAGUGGACAGCUUUUUGGGUCAGCGCAAGGCUACUGACAAUGAGGCAUUAGCAAACAUGAAGACUGAAUUCAUGGCUUUAUGGGAUGGUUUUACCACAGAUCAUAAUGCCCGGGUUAUGGUACUUGCUGCUACUAAUCGGCCAUCUGAGCUUGAUGAAGCAAUUCUUCGACGCCUUCCUCAGGCCUUUGAGAUCGGUAUGCCUGACUGCAAAGAGAGAGCUGAGAUUUUGAAGGUUAUCCUGAAGGGCGAGAAGGUACAAGAUAACAUUGACUAUGACCGCAUUGCUAGUUUGUGUGAUGGAUACACUGGUUCAGAUCUUCUUGAGCUUUGUAAAAAAGCUGCCUACUUCCCCAUCCGGAACCUGCUCAAUGAUGAGAAGAGUGGAAAGCGAUCUGCGGUUAGUAUUAUAUUCUUAUUCUAGAAGAUUCUAACUUAA